GCCCCGUCCUGCCCGCCGGGCCCUGGUUCCGGCGCGGGCGGGGGCGCGGGAUGCUGCCCGGCGGUACCGCGGAGGCGGACGGGGCAGUUCGGCGGUUGCUGCGGGCCGGAGCGGCGGCCAGGUAUAAAGUGAUGAAGAACUGGGGCGUUAUCGGGGGGGUCGCCGCCGCUCUGGCGGCGGGGAUGUACGUGCUGUGGGGUCCCAUCACCGAGAGGAAGAGGCGCAGGAAAGGGCUUGUACCUGGCCUUCUUAACUUAGGAAACACCUGUUUCAUGAACUCUUUGCUGCAAGGCUUAUCUUCCUGUCCGUCUUUCAUAAAGUGGCUGGAGGAAUUUACAGCACAAUACAAGACAGACCAGAACCAGUCCACUGAGCAUCAAUACUUGUCAGUCACUUUGCUGCAUCUCCUAAGAGCUUUAUCCUGUCAAGAGGUAACAGAAGAUGAUGUCCUGGAUGCAAGCUGCCUGUUAGAAGUUUUAAGAACAUAUAGGUGGCAGAUCUCAUCAUUUGAAGAGCAGGAUGCUCAUGAACUAUUUCACGUCCUUACCUCUUCAUUAGAAGAUGAACGGGAUCGUCAGCCACGUGUGACACAUUUGUUCGACGUGCAUUCGCUGGAGCAGCCAGAAAUAACCCAAAAGCAAAUAAGCUGCAGAACAAGAGGGUCUCUUCCCCCUGUGUCAAAUCACUGGAAAUCUCAGCAUCCUUUUCACGGAAGGCUGACCAGCAACAUGGUUUGCAAACACUGUGAACACCAGAGUCCUGUGAGGUAUGAUACCUUUGACAGUCUCUCACUGAGUAUUCCAGCAGCUGUGUGGGGUCGUCCUAUGACACUGGACCACUGCCUCCAUCAUUUCAUCUCCUCUGAAUCUGUAAAGGAUGUUGUAUGUGACAACUGCACUAAAAUUCAGGCAGAAGGGACUCUGAAUGGACAGAGCAUAGAAAAUCAGAGAACAACAUUUGUUAAGCAACUGAAGUUAGGAAAGCUCCCUCAGUGUUUGUGUAUCCAUCUGCAAAGACUGAGCUGGUCAAACCAAGGCACUCCUCUGAAACGUCAUGAACACGUACAGUUCAAUGAGUUCCUGAUCAUGGACAUCUACAAAUACCGCAUUCCUGUUCAUAAAUCAAGCCAGAAUGAGCUGAAUCAGAGACACUCUGAAGAGACAACACCUGGAACAAAGGAUGGGAUAGCAGUAAAACCUUCAGGUGCAGAACAGCCAUCUGGUACUAAACCGGUCUUUAUGAACGGUGCCUGCCCCUCUUCAUUUUUAAUGUCCUCGGGAACUUUCCCACUUGCUGCAUUCCCUGAAUGCAGUUCCCCUGUAUACCUUUACCGUCUGAUGGCAGUUGUAGUUCAUCAUGGAGACAUGCAUUCUGGACACUUUGUGACUUACCGCCGCUCUCCACCUUCUCCUAAGAACCCACUCUCUGUCAGCAGUCAGUGGCUGUGGAUUUCUGAUGACACCGUUCGCAAAGCUAGUUUGCAGGAAGUCCUUUCUUCUAGUGCUUACUUGCUUUUUUAUGAGCGCAUUCACUCGAGGGUACAGCACCAAAGCUUGGAGUUAAGGGUUGAAGAGUGAUUAAGAGAGCAGAGGAAGGACGAAAACUGACAAAAUUCCUCUAAUGAGAUCUACAUUGCACCUCCUGUCUGUUAUGCAAAUAACCCACCACAGGCCCUUUAACUUUCCCCUCCCUCUAUGGCAAUGGCUGGCUCCUGCUGGGAGUUGUGUUUUGUACCAAAAUUACGCUACCCAAAGUUGGUCUGCUAAUGUUGUGCAGUCCAAAGUAAAUUUGUAUUAGAGAAGCAUUUAUUCUGUUAGGUAGUAAUUUUGUCAACAUCACAGCUCUGAAACAGACAAUUCAAACAGACUUCCCAAGGCUGUAUUCCAUAUUCUGACAUGGCUGUAAAUUUUCAAAGGGAGAUGCUUAAUACCAUACAUUUCACUGCAGACAUUUCUGAACACGGGAGCCCCAAAAGCAGUUGAUGGGAAGCUACUGUUAUCAAAGGCAAUGAUUUAAGAAACAAAAGUGCCUUGAGCUUAUUCGAAUAGCGACAUUACCAUUGUCUGAGUCCACUGCAUGUCAGUUGCGUUCUGAUAAAUGUCUCAAGAUGAUGGGAUGAACUACUAAUGGAAUCAGGUUUCUCUUGAUAGCCCAGCUAAUCAAUAAAGUAAGGCAUCUCUACAUAGCAUGCAUGAUCCAAAAAACGACUUCCCUGUUCAUGUAAUUUUCCCAAUAUUUUAUUUUUUUAUACAUCAUAGAAGUACUUCUGCUGAUUCAAAAUACAGUUUCCCUUUUCCAGGAGAAAAGAUAAUUUUUUUAUCUAUUAAGAGCCAAGACCCUGGUAUAUUGCUCUCUAUCUCUGGAAUAUAGCUGAAAUCAAGAGACAGAAGUGUUUGCUAGCAAUCAGUAUUGUAAUUUCCUUUGUCACUAUGGAACUGUUGAAUACAGUUGCUUGUAGCAUCGACUACAACUUUUAAUGCUGUGAUUUCAAGGCUACUGUAAUUGGUGUUCUAGACUUGCCCUUCCUAUUUUAAUGCUGAAAACUGCCAUUUCUCAUCAACCAUUCAGAUACAUGCUGUCUGGCUUGCAAUUGAGCUUUAGAGCUUGUACCAGUUGUGAUUGUUAGCUGAGAUGUAUAGCAACCCAAACAUCCUUGUCAAGUUAGAGCAUAAACAAUUGAAUUAGGACUGGUGGGCACUUACUUGUCUUGUGAAGUAGUACAGCAGUCUGAAAAGACUGGUGUCACUGCAUUAGAUACACAGAUUGCCACAUAAACAGAAGUAAGGUGUACUUUGCUGCUCUAGGUGGUUUGAUGUGUCAAAAAUAAAAAAUCCCAAAGCGCGGAGGUAGAAGCAGCAAAAAUUAUCCUUCUGACUACUUUUAAAUUACCAGGAAUAAAGUAUGUAGGCUAUUUUUAGCUCUUUUCUAUCCUUGUAAGCUUGGAGGAGAAAAAGACUAAUUCAUCAGACAAGCUUUUUCAGUGUAAAACAGCAACUAAGUUUUCAAAUGGUAACAACUGUCUUAAUAGUUUUUUUUUAGGGCAGCUUUGUACCUCAUACAUUCAUAUUGCUGCCCAAAGCUCAUAGGCAUUCAGAGGCUCAAAAUGGGAGGCUCAAAACCAGCCAAAAUAAGAGUGGUAAUGGAUGUAUAUGCAAAACUAUUUACACAACUGAUCAUUCCAGAGUAUGGAUCACAAUUCCUGCUCCAAGUAAUGCUCAUAGUGCAUAAAAUAGUCUUUAUAAAUCUACCAACAUACUAGUUCCUGAGAAGUCUCCCUGUCUGUGCUAGGCUAGCAGUAGCAUGGUUUUAACCUUUCUAUUUUAAGUUAUGGGAAAACAAGAAGCCCCCCCAAAAAAACUAGAAGGGUGCAAAAUGCCAAAAAUGCCCUGGCCAUUGAACUAAGACCUAACCGACUUGCAGAAGGUGAAAGCCCUCCAUUCUGGGCAGCACAGGUGUGCAGUAGGAGCUCUGUAAAGCAGUGGUGGGUGUCACCUAAGGAAAAACAACAUGCAAAGCAUCUAGCUCCAGCAGGUCUACCAUUUGUACCUCAGAACUUCAAAACAUUUCCACUGCCAGCAGUGUAUAUUCUGCAAUACCUAUUCUCAACAGGGUCUGUUUAGAGUUUUUAACUGAAUUUUUGAGAAGUUCAUCUGAACAGGUCACUUUGUUUAGAAAGCAGUAAUGCUGGAGGUGGAUCAGAACAUACAUACACAAUGGACUAAGUCUUAAACUCAUCAUCUUGUAACAGGGACAUGAAGCCACGUUACUGCAAGCUUGCGUGUUCAAUAUAUUUUUCUUUUGCAUAGAGCUGCUUUCCAGCAGGGGCCAGUUUGAUGAGAAUGAAAGCACAGUCGCUGUAUGACACUGAUAAAGUGCUCAGUUUCACUCAGCUGCAGAUUUACUCUGAAAGCUUCCUCAAGGGCUAUAAAGAUGAGGGUUGAGUAGUCAGCAUUUGUUCUAGCUUUCACUGUUGGGAAGGAGUAGAUGGUCUUGGCUUAGCCCUCACUGUGAGGAAGGGAGCAAGUAUCAGCACCUUGGUCCCGGGUCCUGAGCUGUGCUAGAUACUCCCAGCCUACUGUGAGCAAAGAGCUCUGUAGAAGUUUGCCACCCAACCCUCACCUUUUGAAGUCACUGGGCUCUGUGCAGGCACAUGAGGCUCAUCAAAUGCUGUUACUUGUUACUCGCAAGCUUCCAUGGUGGAGAAGGUGUUAAUAAAAUGUAAAAGGUUAAAAAACAUCAGAUAAGACCUCCAAGAUGACAUCUCUGUGUUUGGAUUAUUCUUGUCUUAUUUUGUGCAUUAUUUAAAAAUGUAUGAUAUUAUAGUCAAACCACUGCACUGCUGUUUGAAGUUGCAUUUUCACUUCAGGGUAUUUUUGUAACUGUACAGUAGCAAUAAAAGAACAAACUUAUUAGAAAAA